UUACCGACUAGCUGCGGAGUCUGUCCCUGCACGUGACUGCUGGGCGUCUACACCCGCAUCCUUCCUUAGCCUCCUCCCCACCCGGGCCUGACGGUCCGAGUGGAGCCCCGGGACAGGCCGAGUCGCCCAGGCUCGUGGCCACGGCCCGCGAUGGCGCUGCUGUGCGCGCUCUUCUGCUGCCUGCUGGCCGCCUUGCACUGCGGCCCCUGCCUAGGGCUGCCUUUGGCGCCCGGGGGCGGCCGCAGUCCCGCUCCGGCGGUGGGACAGUUUUGGCAUGUGACUGACUUACACUUAGACCCUACUUACCACAUCACAGAUGACCACACGAAAGUGUGCGCUUCAUCCAAAGGUGCAAAUGCCUCCAAUCCUGGCCCUUUUGGAGAUGUUCUGUGUGAUUCUCCGUAUCACCUUAUUUUGUCAGCAUUUGAUUUCAUUAAAAACUCAGGACAAGAAGCAUCUUUCAUGAUAUGGACAGGGGAUAGCCCACCUCAUGUUCCAGUGCAUGAACUCUCCACAGACACAGUCAUACGUGUGAUUGCUAAUAUGACAGCCACCGUCCAGAGUCUCUUUCCAAAUCUUCAGGUUUUCCCUGCCCUAGGUAAUCAUGACUAUUGGCCACAGGAUCAACUGCCUAUAGUUACCAGCAAGGUGUACAAUGCAGUAGCAAACCUCUGGAAACCCUGGCUACAUGAAGAAGCUAUUGAUACUUUAAGGAAAGGUGGCUUUUAUUCACAGAAAGUUUCAACCAAUCUGAACCUUAGGAUCAUCAGUCUGAACACAAAUUUGUACUACGGCCCAAAUAUUGUGACCCUGAAUAAGACUGACCCAGCAAAUCAGUUUGAAUGGCUAGAAAAUACACUGAACAUCUCUCAGCAAAAUAAGGAGAAGGUGUACAUCAUAGCACAUAUUCCAGUGGGAUACCUGCCCUCUUCAAAGAGUAUCCCAGCAAUGAGAGAAUACUAUAAUGAAAAAUUGUUGGAUAUUUUUAGAAAAUACAGCAGUAUCAUUGCAGGACAAUUUUAUGGACACACUCACAGAGAUAGCAUUAUGGUUCUUUCAGAUAAAAAAGGAAGUCCAGUAAAUUCUUUAUUUGUGGCUCCUGCUGUUACCCCAGUGAAGAGUGUUUUAGAGAAACAGACCAACAAUCCUGGUGUCAGACUAUUUCAGUAUGAUCCUCGUGAUUAUAAAUUAUUGGAUAUGUUGCAGUAUUACUUGAACCUGUCAGAUGCUAAUCUAAAGGGAGAAUCCAACUGGAAGCUGGAGUAUAUCCUGACCCAGACCUAUGACAUUGAAGAUUUGCACCCAGAAAGUUUGUAUGGAUUAGCUAAACAAUUUGCAAUGCUGGACAGUAAGCAGUUUAUAAAAUACUAUAAUUAUUUCUUUGUGAGUUAUGACAGCACUGCAAUUUGUAGUGGAAAAUGUAAGACCUACCAAAUUUGUGCAAUUAUGAGUCUUGAUCAUAUGUCAUAUGUAGAUUGCCUCAAACAAUAUUAUAUAGAGCACAAUCUGUAGUGUUUCACAGGUUACAUUCAUAGAAAAAAAUAACAUUGCUCUGCUUCUGAGAUCAGUUUGUGGGUAUUGUUUUGUGAGUUACUGAGGAGGCAAGCAGAAUUUUGUCUUUGCUUUCUUUUGUAUAGGGCCCAUAUGUAGGUAUUUUUAAUUGUCUAGAUUUUUAUUAUAUUGAAUAUAUUUAAACUGCCCAUUACUAGAAUCCUGUUGGGAUGUAAAUGUCUUCUCUUCCAAUGUACAUAAUUAUAUCUAAUUUUAAACACUUGUUGAAAUUGUCAUUUAUGCAUUAAAGCAAAUGACUUCUCCCUAAGUGUGAUGAAUUGAUCUUAAUAUUCAGUUUUAAUAUUCAUUCUUGUCAAAACCUCACUUGUAAACUGAAGUUCAAAUUGUUUAAGUCUCAUGUCUAAACUGAGGUUAACACUGUUUACAUGUACUAUCUACUUGGGAAAACAAUGAGUUUUUAUUAGGGUCAUCUCUGAUCCUAUGAACCCCCACAAGAUGUGUGUUGCCUACUUACCUUCACUGUGAGUGAAGGAGAAUCAGUCCUCUUUAAUACUGCUCAUUUUUAAGAAAGAGGAUGUCACAAGUUGUACUUCGUGUAACUGCAGUACUAGCACAAGGCCUAGGUCUAGUUCAGUGCCUGACACUUAGUAAAUCAUUGUUGAAAUGAAUUGAAAGGUAUGACUAUUUCUCAAAUAUGUUAGGGUGAACCUGUGGUAUUUUCUUUGUCACAGUAUUCCAAGAGGAUAAAAAGGGCUUUAAUUUCAUAAGAUUUUUUUUAGGGUUCUCCAAUGAUUGCUUAUUUCCCAAUGGCUUCCUCUCAAGCUGCUGUUUGCUUUCAGGCUAAGUGGGAGAAUUAACGUAGAAGAGAUGAGGAGGAGGUGGAGAGAUUUAGGAGAGAGGUUUUGACACCCCCGUACUUUGACUUGCUGGAGAAGACAUACAAUCAGAAAUCUUAGGUCAAUCAACGAGGAGAGUAGAACUCAUUCUCCUUGUGACGAGUUUGACUUCAUGUAAAAAAAUGAUUUAUAAUCUCUCAUCAUGGUGAAACCAAAUUGUCCUGAUUUCCAGAGGGCUAAGAAUGUGAAUAUUACAAAAUAAAAAUAAUGUAUCUAAGAAACUA